ACAUAUAUCUUCAAAAGGGUGUGUGUUAUACUUUAGAUACUUUCGAUUUGAAAAGUACGGUAAUUUUCCUUGGGAAUUUUUCUAUUAAUAUCUUAUUGAAAUAUUUUUUGUACUAUUUUUACAGCAAAAAUUAAGGAAGCCAUGUGGAUCGAAACGGUCAACCUUGAUCAUCCAGAUCAAAUAAUUUUCUAUAUAUUCGUCGCAAUUACAGCUUUAAAUUUAAUAUUAUCCUUCAUUUUUGUUAUUCUAAGUAUAUGUUCAGGAACGAAAAACAACUCACCUGGUUUCUCUAUAGAUCAUUACAUAUUAUUGGGUAUUUUAAUAUUGGAUGUAUCAGUUUUACUUCGAGGGGCUAAUGCUGAUUGGAUGAAUGAGGACUCAUUUAAGAUUAUUACGGAGAUUCAGCCAUGUUUCGUUACGCUUGGGUUAACAUAUGUUUUUUGUGGUAUGUUUGUUCGUGUAACCACGGUUUUCCUUUACUACGCACAAAAAACGGAUAAUCGUAAACCAAUUAGAAAGGAAGAAUGGAAACCGAAUGUAGUAAUGUGUACGUUUGUUGUUAUUGCUUGCGCUACCUCGGUUGUGUGGGCGGCAGUAUUCAAACCAACUGCCGAAGUUACAAAAACUGAAGACGGAAAAGCCGCAUCGUUUUCAGUAAGCGAUGAGAACAAUCAACAAGAAUUUCAAAUUUCUGUACUCGUUUACCACGGAAUUGUUCAUGUAGCAACCGCAAUAAUUGUAUGGCCAGCUCUUUUAAGGGCAAAACAUAGAGACGCUAUUGCCGAAAUGAGAUCGUACGUGUUUCUAAUCUAUCAUACACUGGCAGUAAUCAUAGCUUACGUUUUGGCAGAGAUGUUAAUGAGCCAUGAUAGAAGCGUCGAAUACGCCGUAACUGGUGGAUUAUUAAUGUAUAAGACUUUUGUCGAUGUCGUCUGCCUAUUGGUUAUGAAGGUCACAGUUACGUGUAUGAAAAGUGAAGCAGAAAAAGAUGUAAAAAUUGAUAAAUGGGACGGCACCGCUGUAAAAAAUACUUUAGAUGAUGCUGCAAAGAAACUAUUUACUGUUAACUCUUGCAUGAAGGAGUCUCACAGAUUGAUGGAUACUAGACUCGCCAUUGCAACCAUUGCUUGUCUCUUUAGUCUAUACGCAAUUAUUUGGGAUUGGUUUUAUCCGUUUCCCUUGUCAAAGCCGGUCAUAAUUGUUUGUGUACUCUCCUACUUUUUUCUCAUGGGAAUUCUCACUUUGUACAUGACCUAUGUGGAGAGAGGAACAUUUUUCAUUUGCUACGAAAAAGAUCCCGUUGGGGUAAGUAAGGACGACGUUUGGAAAUUAUCAUCCACCUUAAAAAAAUACGAUGAUAUGUAUACUCUGGAAGUGACGUUCAAGCACGGAACGAGUCUUGUUGAGACCAAAGAUAAAUUUUCUAAAUCAAUUGGAGCGUUUAUUGAUGAAAGUGGGCAACUUAAUGAAGAUAUAUUCAAGGGUGAAGUGAAUAAACUUAUUCAAAACGUUAGGCCGUCUGAAAAGAAAGAUUAG